AUGUCCCGGUCUGUGAGUUUCAGCUCUCGCUCUGUGGCCGUGCCAGCGAUCAGCCAAGUGCGGGUCAGCUCUGUCUCCUCGACCCGUGGAGGGGGUGCCAGCAGAGCAGGUGGCUUUGGCAGCUCCAGCCUCUACAACCUUGGCUCCUCCAACAAGCGGAUCUCCCUGGGCGGCAGCAGCUCCUACAGCGUCCGCUCUGGAUAUGGAGCCUCCAUGGGAUUCGGGGGACCCCUCAGCCCUGGCGGCAUUCAGGAGGUCACCAUCAACCAGAGCCUCCUGACACCCCUGAAUCUGGAGAUUGACCCCAAUAUCCAGCGGGUGCGCAAGGAGGAGAAGGAGCAGAUCAAGACACUCAACAACAAGUUUGCCUCCUUCAUCGACAAGGUCCGUUUCCUGGAGCAGCAAAACAAAAUGCUGGAAACCAAAUGGAGCCUCCUCCAGGACCAGAAGACUGCCCGGAGUAACAUUGCUCCCAUGUUUGAGGCCUACAUCAACAACCUGCGGCGUCAGCUGGAUGGGUUGUUGAAUGACAAAGGCCGUCUGGAGGGUGAACUGAAGAACAUGCAGGAUCUUGUUGAGGAUUUCAAAGCCAAGUACGAAGAUGAAAUCAACAAGCGCACGACGGCAGAAAACGAGUUUGUGGUGCUCAAGAAGGAUGUGGAUGCUGCCUACAUGAACAAAGUGGAGCUGGAGGCCAAGGUGGAUGCUCUAACAGAUGAGAUCAACUUCCUGAGGUCUCUCUAUGAAGCGGAACUUCAGGAGCUGCAGGCCCAGAUCUCUGACACAUCUGUGGUCCUGUCUAUGGACAACAGUCGAAACCUGGACCUGGACAGCAUCAUUGCAGAGGUCAAAGCCCAGUACGAGGAGAUCGCCAACAGGAGCCGGGCAGAGGCCGAGUCCUGGUACCAGAGCAAGUACGAGGCCCUGCAGGUCACUGCUGGGAAACACGGCGACGACCUGCGCAACACCAAGAACGAGAUCUCGGAGAUCAACCGCAUGAUCCAGAGGCUGCAGGGGGAGAUCGAGAGUGCAAAGGCCCAGCGUGCCAAGAUGGAAGCAGCAAUUGCUGAGGCCGAGGAACGUGGCGAGUUGGCUGUCAAGGAUGCCAAGGCAAAGCUGGAGGAGCUGGAGGCAGCUCUGCAGAAGGCAAAGCAGGACAUGGCCCGGCAGCUCCGGGAGUACCAGGAGCUGAUGAACGUCAAGCUGGCCCUGGACAUCGAGAUUGCCACCUACAGGAAGCUGCUGGAGGGAGAGGAGAGCAGGUUGGCUGGUGAUGGAGUUGGCAACGUCAACAUCUCCGUGAUCAGCUCCAGCGGGGGAGGCAGCUACGGCAGUUCCAGUGGAUUUCUGGGAGGAGGAAUGGGAGGAGGCCUCAGCCUGGGAGCAGGCAUGGGCAGCGGGGCACUCGGCUUCUCCUCCGGGGGCAGCACCAAGUCCUACAGCAUCACCACAACCACAUCCAGCAGGAGAAGCGUCAGGAAGUAA